AUGGCAAAUAACCUCCCUCAAGCUCAAUCUCUUGUUAAAUAUGAUACCAAAAUCCAAGUUUCCACUUCUCUUAAAGGCAAAGGCAAAGGAAAAAAUAUUCCAGGAAGGCCAAACGUUGCCCCUGACAAAGCUCAAAUUGAAGAUGUCCUUAACUCAGUCUUACCGCCACGCGAAAGCACUGAAGAUGGCCAGCUCUGGGUCCAAUAUGUCAGUUCAAACCCAGCGACCACUCAAGACGUAAUAAAACUUCAAGAGCAGCUUGACAGCUUACUCGAACUCCGUCAAGCAAGAGAAACAGGAAUUUGCCCAAUAAGAGAAGAGCUCUACAAUAAUAACUAUUAAAUUCAUUAAGAUUCUUCAUUUAACGUUCACUACAAGGUUACCUGCUGUCCGCAGUGCCUUUAACGCCGUUUUAAGUCAAAUCUGCACCAUCUUCCUCGGUGCGCCAAAGUAAUGCUAUCUUGACUAAGUUUCACGAAGAGAACACCAAUCUUAACUUUGGGUCUCGACGAACUUCUUUGAGCUAAGGUUACCUAUUUGGGUCUAUCAGGCACCCUAAAGGUCCCAGCCUCGAAAGCCUGGGGUAUACGAUACCUUUCUGGAAAAUUCGAUUCCCUAAAAUCAAACAGCUCUAUAUCUGACUUAAUUUCACCAGGAAACCAAAAUCAAUAAAUUAAAAUGUGCAAGAUAAGAAUUUUCGGUCAGAAGACCAGAAAAUCCCAACUAAGCCAUAUUUUUAAUCCUGAGAAUUUCUCUACAGUCAAUGUUUUGACGAGCUUAUAAGGCAGCUUACAAUUAUUUGUACUGAAAGAGGACUUUUACUACUCAGAGUAAGAGAUGAGCUGAGAAUGACUAUUCAGUCCUACCAAACUUUAUAUGAAAGCAGCAUUGCUUAUGGGAUGAGAAAAGCUUUGCAAGCUGAACAGUGGAGGGCUGAAACAGACGCUGAUAUUAAAAAACUGAUAGAAGAAUGUGAAAACCUUACUGUCGAAGUGGAUGAGCUUGACCAAGAAAUAGAAGAAAUUGAACAGAAAGAAAAAGAACGUGAAGAAAUCGAAGCAAGAGCUCAUACAGAAGAAAUUGAGUUCAGAAAGAAAACGAACCAGAGACUCAAAGACCAGCUCGAGGCUUUACUUUCAACUCCAAACAGUAAAUAA